AGCUUGCCGAUGGUGUACUUUUCGUUUCGCAGGGAGGAGUUAGACGUUAGUUUCUCUAUUAAAGUGACAUGUUUAUUUGAAUUAACAGAAAGUAUACAACAUGUAUCGCACCGUGUAUCCAUAAUGUAGUCGGAGUGAAGCUAUUGAUCAGAAAAGAAGGUGAUUUUUCGAUUAAAUUCAUAUAGAAAAAAAAAAAAAAAGAUCGAAGGAAACUGACGGAACAGGAAGACGGAACAAGAUCAGAAAGCAAAAGAAGGUCCAAAACAAAACCUCUGCACUGGUUGUUGACACAACCUGCUUCCACUUCAACAGUAAACAAUUCACCAGAAGCAUUCGAACGAAUCGGCGGCCGCCACCACAUGCAACAAUGUCCAUGGCCCUGAAACAAGUCUUCAACAAAGACAGGACAUUCCGGCCCAAGCGCAAGUUUGAGCCCGGGACGCAGCGCUUCGAGCUGCACAAGAAGGCCCAGGCGUCUCUGAACGCCGGGCUGGACCUGAAGCAGGCCGUGCAGCUGCCCCACGGCGAGGACCUCAACGACUGGGUGGCCGUCCACGUGGUCGACUUCUUCAACCGCAUCAACCUCAUCUACGGCACCAUCAGCGACUCCUGCACCGACCAGACCUGCCCUGUCAUGUCCGGCGGGCCCAAGUACGAAUACCGCUGGCAGGACGAGCACAAGUACAAGAGGCCGACGGCACUGUCCGCCCCGAAGUACAUGAGCCUGCUGAUGGAUUGGAUUGAGGUACAAAUCAACAAUGAGAACAUCUUCCCCACCAAUGUCGGUACUCCCUUCCCUAAGACCUUCAUGCAGGUGGCUAAGAAGAUUUUGUCUCGUCUGUUCCGGGUGUUUGUCCACGUCUACAUCCACCACUUUGACCGCGUGAGCCAGAUGGGGGCCGAGGCUCACGUCAAUACCUGCUACAAGCAUUUCUAUUACUUUGUCACUGAGUUCAACCUCACGGAUCACAAAGAGCUGGAGCCUCUGAAAGAGAUGACCUCUCGGAUGUGUCACUGAAGGAGCACACCAGUCGACACAAGUGGGGCGAACGCAUCCGUCCAUCUAGAAGCUUGCAGCAGAGAACAUAAAAAAGAACAAACAAAUUCAAAAAAGAGUCUAUUUUUAUAUUUAAGUACUGUAAUCUAUUUUAGCCACAUACUGUAGGUUUCAACCAAGAACCUGGUCUUAUGAGGUGUUCUCUUCCUUUUUAAAAAGUUUUCAUCAGAGCACAGUAUUAAGAGGUAUGUUUGUGUUGAUGUUUUUCUAUUUUAUUUGAAUCUCAAUCAUUCCAAGAUGCUUCUGUCUUCCUCUCUGUUUUAAAACGAUCUAAAACUAGUACGAUUUCUUACUGUACGUCUAUAAAAUCAUUAUGUUGUUGCAUUAAAAUUAUUCUCUUCUCUGUUAUAAUUUGAAUUGGGUAAUCAGUAUAUAAAUGAAAACUGACUGGUUAUCUUUUCUGAAGCUAAAAGUACUGGGCUACAGCCUGAGCUAAUCAAUUGUUUUUUUCCUCCAGGCUGUCAACAGUUCAGUUUUACCACUCAUGUCUGUACAUUCAAUGCAGUAAUGUAGCUUUUUUUUAGGCAGAGAAAGUAUUAUGUACAAAUGUUACAAAUAACAAUGAGAAAAAUACAUUUCUGUUUCUGUU